AUUUUAGCCCAUGCAGACUCAUAUUUGCAACAAAUUGCAGCAUAUAGAGAGGCAAUGGUUUCAAGGAGUAAGCAUCAUAGAAGUGAUUUGAAAUACAACUCCCAAAAGUUGUUUCAAAGCAAAAUUAUUUUGAAAACUCAGCACAGUUUAGUGCAGACUAAGUUUCAGUUUGUUUUUCCACUUUGGCACAUGUGCCAGAAUCAGUGCAUUCUUGCACUAAGGCAUACUAGGUUGGUAGGGUAGUCCACAGAAAAUGUGAGGUAAAACUAACUGCCCAUGCUCAUGUUGUAGAAAUAGGCUGAAAAGAGACCCAACACAUACUGUGCCAUGUAGCUUUGUAAUGACUAAACAGCAAGCACAAAAGAUGAACAUUGUAUUUGCACCAUGAACAUUUAUUGCGGCGUCAGUGUUGUGAUAAGUAUCUGAUUUUGCGGACUCUCAAAUAUACAUAAAACAGUAUUAAAACCAUAUAUACCUCACACAUAAUUGAUGGGCCAAAUAGUGCUCAACAUGGUAAUCAUAGGCCAUAUUCCAUCCAUUCAUUUGCCCUUUUUCUAUGUCCACUUACCCCUCCCACAGUUUGUUUUGUCACCUGUGGAGAUAUGCCACUGCUGAAAUCAAAGACCUAGGAGUGAGGUGCAGUUCAAAAAUAAUGGCUGCUUUUUAAACAUUGCUUAAGUAAAACUUGUCUGUGUGCACUAUUCUUGAUGGUGAUCAUGUGCUAUCCAUGACUAAUAAAAGCCAUAAAUUUAUACCCCUACAGGUCAACCCUUCAUAUCCAUUAAGUCACAGUUUUUACUGAUGUACUAGAUGUCACAAUUAAUCUUUUUUAUACUGUUGCGUUGGAUGUCAUGGUGACUACGUUUUCUGCUUUGGAGCAGUGUUCAGUUAUCAAAUUUCUGUCUGCGAAAGGACAGCCUGCAUGUGAGAUUCAGACAAGAACUUCUGUCAGUCUGCAGUAACACCACUCUGAGUGGUGGUCCAGUCUGAGAGUGGGUGGGCAAGUUUGAAGCCGAAAGAGAGGGCCACAGUGACCUGUGGCGUGCUGGGCAGCCUUGGACCCCAUUAACCACCGAGGAUGCUGCCUGCGGAAAAGCCUUUGUCAAAGAUGACAGAAAAAUCACCACUGAUGGGAUAGCUGGGCAUCUUUGCCUCUUCCUUAGAACUGUUUGUCACAUGAUGACUGACAACCUUGCAGUGAUGAAGGCUAAGGCAAUAUGCGUCGCCCCUCCCCGACCUGGGUCUUCAUUCAGGGUGAUGUCCACCUCAUUAGGUCAGUUGGUUAGAGCGCCUGCAUGUCGAUCUGCCCGCCCGUGGCGGGUAAGUUUCGAGUCACCUUAGACGUUUGCUAUUUGGCCUUGACAAGUGUGACCUGCGGCCGGUGGCAACGGUCGCACUGAAGGUCAGGUGACGUCAGACGGUGGGACGAACCGUGCCGAGCAUGGUGGCACGUUAAACUUUCGCCGCCUUAUUCUACCGCCUACAUGGCAUGCAUGGCCAGGUGUUAUGGGUAAGGUUCACACAACAAGCACCGCAUAGCGUCAGCUCUGAUCCCAGAAAUCCAUCCGAUCAAACGGUUCGGAUGAAAUCUUGAAAAUGGGUGCCCUAUCAACUGAAUGAAUCAAAGGCAGAGCUGCUAACUGACGCAUGCCAGCCACUUCUAGGAUGUCAUCUGGCUGACCCUGGCAAUUUUUUAAGCCUUGUCAUCACAAUGAAGGAAUCAUGGAUUCCACUAUAGGAUACAGAGACGAAGAUGCACUGGAAGCAAUGGAAACUUGUGGUUUUGCGCCACAAAGGAAGUUCUGACGGUCCAAGUUCACGAAUAUGGCCCUCUAAGCCUUUUCUAGGAUUUUGGGGGCAUCAUCCAGGCCCAUUGGCUAUGCAUGCUACAAUUGGAUCACAGAAGGUUGCAAACAUGCCCAGUCUGAACAUAUUUUUGGCAUACAAUUGUUUUACAUUGGAAGCAGUAUACUUUUGCGCUCCUCACUGAGUGUUUUUUUUUUCUGGGUCAUGCUGACCGCUGGGCAGUUUAGAGUCAAAACGGGGGUCGGCCGGUGUAGGGUCGACAAGGUCGGGGGCAUAAGGUCAGGAAUCCGUGCCGAGUAUUGUGGCGCGUGAAAAGGAGCGUUUUACAGUCGGAGAUAUUGAAAGAAUCAACAGAUAUGAUGAAAUAAGCUCAUUUAUAACUUUUGGUAUACUUUUAAGCUGAAGAGACCGCUCUAGACAGCAAAGUUGCUCUGGUUGCUCCGGCCAUUGAGCCUGCCCAGCCAUGGCGUCCCACCGUGCGUGGUUGUCGGCGGCGCAGCUCUCGCGACAGUUCUUCAACUCGGCGCGCUAUGUGCGACCCAACUCGGUCGUGCCGGACAGCUCGGAUCGGUCGGCGCCGGCGCACCCGGCCGUCAGCCCGCUGUUACCGCUCUUCACAUGCGUGCCGCCGCCGCCGCUGGCGCCCCCCGCCCAGCACCGUUGCCUCUCCACUUACUUGCCGCCGGGCAAGAAGUUCCGUGAGGGCGAGAACGAGUUCGCGCACGAGGUGAUGUCCGGCCUGCCGGCGUACCGCCGCACGCUCCACUACCACGUGCUGGGCGAGGAGCGGGCAGCCGGCGAGGCGGCGGCGCCGGGCCGGCCGGCCGGCUGGGGCGCCCAGGCGGCCCACUCGCUGGUCAGCGCCCUCAGUCGCCUCAGCGUGUCUCCCGGGCCGGCAGCGCUGCCUGAAGACGGCGCGCCGGAGACGGACGGAGCGCUGGCGGCGCGCUGCAGCCAGUACUCGGAUGACCAGAUCGUGCGCCUGCUGGCGGCGCUGCUGUCGUGGCCGCCGAGCUCGCAGCUGGACGCGCUCAGCUUCCGCCGGCUCUGGCAGGCGCUUGACGUCGAGUGCUGCCGCCGGCUGGCACGCUGGGACGCUGACCGCACGCUGCUGGUGGCCGACCUGUGGUACCGGCUGCAGGUCAGCCGGCUGACCCGCUACAGCGGCCUCAUGCUAGAGCGGCUGGGACGCCAGCUGCGCCAGCUGACACCGGCCCAACUCGUGCAGUACCUGUUCUUCGUCAACCUGUCGCGUCGCCUGGGCUCCGUGAAGCAGUUUGACUUGGAGCGCAAGAUCCUCGAGUGUCUGCCGAUGCUGUCCGUGGACGAGCUUGGCAUCAUCUGUAUGAGCUUCUUCAAGACACGCACACCUCUGCGAUCGGACGAGCUGGUGGACGCCAUCGUCUACAAGCUGCUGCACUGCGUGGAGACAGCCAAGCCCAAGACGGUGUGCGCCAUACUUAAGCUGCUGAGGCUGAGCGUGCCGGCCAAACGCUGGCAGGUGCUGGAGCGCGUAUACGACAGGCUGCUGCCGCUGGCGGACGGCUUCAACUCAAUGGUGCAGCUGCACCUGCUGCUGCUGGGCACGCAGGCGCUGGUGCACCACCCGGCGUCGGUGGUGCGCAUCACUGCCCACCUGCACGGCCAGCUGGCCACCAUCCGGCUCAAGGACAUUGAGCGGCUGCUGUUCACCACCAUGCUGUUCAACUUCAAUCCGGGCGAGGUGUUCUUCCGUGACGUGGUGUCGGAGCUGCGCGCCGAGCGGCGCGCCGACGAGAGGCGCUCCUACCCCAAGUGUCUGAUGUCGUGCCUCAUGUACCUGGCCUUCCAUGGCGUGCACCCGGCCGACCUGAUCGGCGCCGUCGUCAGCCCCGCCUUCGUGGCCGGCAUUGACGACGCCAUGCUGUCGUCGUACCGAGGCCUGGAGCGUGAGCUGACAGCGCUGAGCUGCACGCUGGAGCUGGAGCUGCCUGGCUUCACGUCGCAGCUGCCGCAGCGGUACCAGCAGAACCAGCUGGUGAAGCACAUGGCGCGUCUGCCGCGGCCGGGCAUGAGUCGGCUGACAUUUGCUGAGACAACCCUCCUGGCGGUGCGUGCGGCGCUGCUCGAGCUGCUCGGCAGCGAGGACUGGCUGGCCAUCAUGCACGUGCUGCCCCACUUCGUCACGCCCGACGUGGUGGUGCGACUGGGCGAGGACGGCGCGCCGCUGCCGCUGCCGGCCGCCUUCCUCUCACAGCCGGCGUUCUCGGUGAAGCGGCCUCCGCCAGACACCGGCCUCUGGUGCUGCAUCGUGGUCGGCGGCCGCAGCUGUUACACGCGCAACUACCAGCACCCGGUCGGCAACUUCCUGAUGCGCCUGCGCCAGCUGCGCCGCGUCGGAUACGCCGUCGUCGAGGUGCCCUGGUACGAGUUCCAGGAUAAGACGCACCGUGUCAACUACCUGCGCCGCAAACUGCAGCGGCUGAGUGUGCCGACGCCGCCGGCCUUCCCGACGCUGCCGACCUUCCCGCCGCCGCCGCUGCCGUCAGCGCCGCGAGUCUAGAGCGAUCGCCAGUGGAAGAUUCUGGUGACGUGUGACGGUCGGCAGCCGGAUCUGACUGUGGCUGUGGACGGCGGUGCGCGGAGACGGCCGACUGGAGGGUCUCGGACCGGGCGGUGUCAGUCUGAGGUGCCGGCCGCAUGGCUAGGGGGAGAGGGGGGGGGGGGGGCGCUCCGCGCCCCCCCGGUCGUCAAAGCUUCCAGCGCGACGCUGGCUGGGCGCUGCUGGACAAGACGGCCAGUGACUCGGCUAGGCACAGCACGGGUCGUGCUGUAGGCUGAGCUGGUUGUGCCAUACUUGACUGCGUUGUAUACUUUGUGUUUCGAUGCUUUCCGUAAGCAGCAUGUUGAACCGGGACUUGGCGUGGGAUGUUUGCUGUUCCGUUUUGACCCGUUUAGUGAUGACGGCGGCGGCGAGCGCGAUGUGCCGUCUCCGUCGAAGCCCUAAUGUCCCCCUGGCAACGCACCCUGCGGACGACACAUAUUGCAGUGUGGUCGGCCACGGCGCUGCCUCCUGCCCGCGGCCGCGUGUAGCGGCGCUGCCCCCUGACCCGGUCAGCUGCGGUAAACGGACCCGGCCCUCUGUCGCUGACGGCGCUCGUGGUGGUGAGGAGGGUUAUCCCACGGUGCACGCUCGUGUCGCGGCUUUGUUGUCCCGUCCGGCCGGUGCUGUGUGAGGCAGGUGGCGCGCCCGGUGCCCCGCUGGGUGACGACGUGAGCCGGCCAGUCGGAUGCCAGUGCCUAGUCGCGAGUAGGCAUCGUGUCAUGAGCGUUGUGCCACCGCCGUAACUUGCCCUCUGUGUGGGGCUGAGCCGCGGACGAUGUGUGAUAGCUUUCCGGCUGUGACAGGGUUUUUGACGCGUCUAUUCGUGUGUAUGUGGCGAAGGCGGUGAUACGGACAGCUGUUUUACGUCCUUGGACGGACAAUAGGGUCUUGCUUUGAUUAUAGCCAUGUGCCUGUUGUGUGCUCUGUACUCACAUUGCACUCGUUUACCUUCGCUUUAUCAGCGAAGUUCCAGCCGCUUUAUCGUGGGACAGUGACGUAGAGAAAACUGUAAGAUUUUUCGAACUGCAUGGAUUAUGGUAUGUUUCUCAUCUGCCAGAGCGAUGUUUUGCUCUGUGGACAAUCAACACCGUAUGACGAAUGAUUUCAUAAACCCGAAAGCCAUUAAGACUUUCAAGUGUGUAGCAAGAUGUACAAAAUAUACUUUGGGCUCAA